AUGAUUGCUCUGGACACCAGCAAUGAGACCUUGCUCUCGACUGCCAGCCUCUCCCCAGGAUGCGAGGACGAGGAUCCGGACCCGCGCCGGGGAUCAAAUGCGGCGGAGGCCAAGGAGCGGCGCCUGCGCUUCGAGAGCGAUCUCAGGCUGACGCUCUACAAGCACUGGACGUUGGAAGAGUCGAUGAUGCAUAGCGCCUACGUCUACGGCACCUUGGAGCUGCACCGGGACACGGGGCUGAGGACCUUGAAGUCCUUCUUCGCCAAGUGCGGGCUCGUGCCCAGCGACUACACCCAGGUCUUCCGGCACAUGAGUCCGCCUUUGCGGAACUCCUUGCGCCAGAUCUUCACAGAGCACGGGAAGGAGUUCGGGUUUACGGAGACCCGGGUCUUCCUGGAUCAGUUCGUGCAGGACCUGGGCAUCGUGCAGCAGGAGAACUUUCUUCAGCCGCAGUUCAGUUCCUCAGAUGUGGUCCACCUCCUGCAAGCCAUGCUCUGCAGCAGCAGCUUCGCCACAGUGCCGCAGCUCCCCGAUGGGCGCAAGGACCUGGAGGCCAUCGAGAGACUGGAGAAGGAGGACAUGUGGAACAACUUCUACCGGGCCUUCGAUUUGGUGCUGUGCGACGACCCGAGCUUGCUCCGUGAGGGCAUCCUCGAAUCUGUGGAGCUUUCGAAGGCCGUCCAGAGUUUGGCGCGGCAGAUUCGGGAUACCAAGGCCAUGAAGGCCACGCGGAAGUUCAGAUGGUGCCGCAUCGACCAGCCGGGCCUCGUGUUCCGGCGGCCCCUGGCGGUCCGGAAGCUCGCCAUGUGGCUGUCGCAGACCAACUUCACCUUCCGGCCCUCACGGGGCGCUGAGCUCGAGCGGCCACUGCUGGUGGUAGUCCGCGACUAUGUCAACGACGCCUAUCUGUGCGUGGGCGCGACGCCGCCCUCGGUGAGCGACCAGGACGAGUUCGCGCACCUCUUCCGAGACGUGCUGAAGCAGAACGGUUCCCUGAGAUAUCGCUAUGACUUCUUCGACAGGUCCUGUAUCCUAGUGGCGGCAGACGACAUCGACCGCUUCCUCAAAGCGCUCACGCAGAAGAGCUGA